AUGGAACACCCAGCUUUCACUUUGAGUGCUCUCGUCGCGGCAGGUGGCGCCAUGGGUUACAUGCGCAAGGGCUCCGUGCCCUCGCUCGCCGCAGGGCUUCUGUUUGGCGGUGUUUACGGUUACGCAGGGUACUUACUGCACAAGAACGCCGAUGGCGGACUAGAGCUGGCACUAGGUGCCAGCUCUCUCAUGUUGGUGACAGGAAUCGCGAGAGGCAUCCCCUCGCGCUUCCGGAAGCCCGUUCCGCUCGUCUUGACCGUGCUGGGCGGACUUGGUUCCGCGUACUACUUCAAGAAGUACAAGGAGUUUUACCCCUGA